AUAAAGAAUUACUUUUACAGAUAUGUUCAAUCAAAAAAACUCUGGAUACAGAAAAAUAUUCAAUGAUUGCUAAUACUCAGAAAUACAAUCUCGCAUCUUUUUAUAGAAAGACCCCUGAAGAUAUAACUGAAGAUUUUGUAGAAAAAUAUUCCCAAAAAGAGAUGCGAAAUGCGUAUAGUGCAUUAGUUCAAGCUGUGAACUCUCUUGAUAACUUGCAUGAGAAUUAUAGAUUUAUGGUUAUUGGAGACUCAUAA